CGAAUUGUUGCUGUGCCGUGAAACUACAGUAAUUGUGAGGGCAAACUGCAAAGUGCGUGAAGGCGGUAAGUUCGCAAAACAGAAGGGCGACGCAGCGCCAUGCUUUUCGUGCUCUAAUGGCCAGACUCGUGAGGACCAAAAGCAGCACCGAUUGGCUAUCUCGACUCAAAUCCCUGACCAAGAUUCAGGGGCAGAGGUUUUGUCACACCCAGCCCGAAGGAGAGUUGCAAGCUCCAUCAAACUCCGAAAUGGAUUCCGAGUCCGUGGCUAAUAAAGCGAUGGCUGAUGCAGGCCACAUUGUUGAUACAUCAAAAUGGCAAACGUUCAAGGCCAGUAGGUUUGGCAUAACCCAUUCAAGGAUUCCACUACAUCCUUUGUUCGUCUUGAGAAUUCUUUUGAAAGAAGGAUUUGACUCCUACUUAGUAGGUGGAUGUGUGAGGGAUUUACUUUUGAAGAAAACACCUAAAGAUUUUGACAUUAUCACCACGGCAGGACUGAAAAAGGUUAAGAGGCUCUUUAAUCGUGCCAUGAUUGUUGGUCAACGAUUUCCUAUAUGCAUCGUGCCUUACAAAGGUUCUGCAGUUGAGGUUUCUAGUUUUGAGACUGUGGCACUGCAUGCUGAGGGCAAGGAGAAGUUUGUCCUGCCGCAGAUACCAAGUGGCUGCAACAAUAAAGACAUUCUCUGCUGGAGAAAUAGCAUGCAACGGGACUUCACAAUUAACGGUUUGUUCUUUGACCCUUUUGCGGAUAAAAUAUAUGAUUAUGUUGAUGGACUGGCAGACCUAAAUUCUUUGCAGCUACGAACACUAGUCCCUGCUAAGUUGUCAUUUGAAGAGGACUGUGCAAGAAUCUUACGUGGCAUAAGAAUUGCUGCUCGUCUAGGCUUGUCAUUGUCAAAGGAUACUGCGACUGCAAUACGCAACCUUUCAUCUUCUGUUGGAAUGCUGGCCAAGUCCAGGAUAAUGUUGGAACUGAACUACAUGCUUUCUUAUGGUGCUGCUGAGCCUUCUAUUUGUUUGCUUCGGAGGUUCAAACUGCUUGAAAUUUUCCUUCCAUUUCAUGCAGCAUGUCUUAAUCAACAGACAAGUGAAAAAUAUACAGCAAGUUCUCUCAUGCUGAUGAAAUUAUUCUUCAAUCUGGAUAAAUUGGUUACAUGUGACCGACCUUGCGAUUGCCGCCUGUGGGUUGGACUAUUGGCUUUUCACCUAGCAUUGGUGAUUAAUCCGCAAAAUUCUUUUGUAAUCUGGGUUUUUGCUUCUGUUUUGUAUCAUGGGAAGUGGAAGGAUGGUAUUAAAUUUGCAAGAGAGCAUGGGGUCCAGCCAGUCAAAUUUGUACCUGAGAUCUCAGGGUAUUCAGAAAUCCAAUCAGAUGAAGAACUUGCUAUAAGAGUUAGUGAGGUAGCAUCUUUAGUGCAAGGUUCUGUAGAUGCAUUGACUGACUCAGACAGGCUUCUCGAAUUAAUGACGAGAUAUCCUAAUUUCCAAGGCCCUGGUUUGGUAUUUGUACCGAAGAAAAUAGCGCUUGCUGUUAGUCAAAUUUUUGAUGUGCUUGUGGAGGACGUUGAGUCUUACGAAAAUGGAAGAGAAAGUUAUGCGAUUGACUAUCACUUUCUUGGGAAGGGAAAUCAGUCUGAAAUGAGAUCUGUUCUUGGCAGAAUUGUUUUGGAAACUAUGAGUCAGGGGCUCCUUGGACGAGUGAAAGAAGUUGUGGAGGGAGAGAAAAAUCACCUGAUGUCCAAGGCCAUUGAAGAGAAUAGUAAUUCCAAACUUUCUGAUAUUGUCAAGAAUGAAGUUGGUUCUGGAAAGUGCUAUAGACAGCGCCAUUUGCCUUUAAAUUUUGUACCAAAUCAAGAGACAGCAAAGAAACAGAAAUUUGCUGGGAAGUGUAGCCCUCUUCCGCCAGAGAUUGCUUCAGAGAGGCAGGAAAUGAUGCUGAAGGAGGAAGAAAUACUUUUGACGCGGUGUUUACAUGAUAAGGCAACUGGGAAGCAUAACCAGGAUGAUAAGGUUGAGGAAAAGAAGUUAGAGAAGAAUGAUUGUGAUCUAUUACUAGAAAAGAUGAUCAGUGAGAAGACUAAGAAACACAAACGAGUUAUUGUUAAGGAGAGAAAAAGUGAUCCUAUGUUACUGUCUUGUCUAUUUAGAUGAUAAAAACUUGUGUUGUAAAAUAUGUGGCAUACAAGGGGCAGUAGAAUAUCCUAGUUCUAACCACUGAUCAGUAUAAGAUGAAGUAGUAGAGGCAGGUGCAGUUUCCUAGGUUAUUUUCAUUGCAAAUUGCACCUUAUUUUUUAUGUUGCAUAAUUUUUUUUUGAUAUUUAUAUAUUAAGUGUGACUUUUUUUUGGAAAAAAGAAGCUGGCAAGCAUCAGGGGGACUAGUAGAAAGAAGGCAAUGAGUGAUGAAUAAUGUGUAUUAGAGAAGAGAAGGGUAUGGUUAGGACAGGAUGUCGGGCUGUAUGGUUGGGUAGGAAAUUUGCAUAGAUGUGGGUUUAUGAAGGUCACAUUCUGUUUAAAUUUUAUUUAUUAUUCUUUUGAGUGUAACCGAUGAAUUCGCCUGGUGCUGUUGGCUGCGGCCUUUUAGAACAAUUGGUAUUAUUUGGUAUUUUAGACUUUUUGGCAAUUAUGUCA